AUGCCUCUUCAACCCGCCUCGAUCCUGCCGAUGCGAACAAUGUCGCCGGUCCACCAUCUACAUGAGCAGGAACCCCCGGAAGCUGCAGAAUGCGCGCCACGCGAUAGCAUGCUUGGCGCACACACGGCGUUCCUGGGAAUGGAUGCACGCCACGUCCCAACGGCUACCAGCUUCGAUGCUGGCAACGACUCCCAGGUGUGUCAGGAUACCGACCCUUACAUGAAGUUUACGCUCGAGCUUGCCCCCGAAGGCAUGAAGAUAAGCUACACACGAGCUCGACAGUCUCCAGCAGCGUUUGGCAGGCGUCUUGCCGUAGUGAGGCGUGUGAAGAUGCAUCGACACGAUGGGAGCGAGUAUUUGCCGGCGGUGUUGGGCAGCCAACCGCACGGGAGCCAGGUGAUUGCCCUCAUGCGCUUCUCGCAGGAGUCCAUGACGUGGAAUCUGCCCGUGCUCAUCGCGCAAACCUUGCUCGUCGCCGAAAUCGUCCGCACGUACCCAGCCGAGCUCCGCAUGUUGCUGCGCAUCGUCCGUCGAGGUCGCCCCAACGUUGCCGAGAUCUUUUUCAUGGUGAUCAAGUACCUCGCACUGAUCGCGGUGAUCUUGGACAUUUUAGUGAGCGACACGUUUGCGGCGACGACGGACUUUGCGUGUCGCUCGUGGGCAUGGACCUCGUCGACGUUCUACUUUCUCUGCUCGACGCUGGUGUUCUGCGUGAUCGGAUGGCGAGCGCGCAUCAUCUUUCGCACAUCCCAGAAGGCGACCUACCUCAUCUCGGGCGGUUUGGUCGUGCAAUUGGCCAUUUCGAUGUGGACCAACUGGCGCGUAGUCAAGGCGGACGCCCUGACAGUCGCUAGAACCUGUGCCCCUGCCGCGCAAGUGCAUGCAGGGCCGGAGGGUAACGGUGCGCUUCGCAUCCACUUUUGGCAGAGCUCUACAUUCUGGUUCCUGCUGUACAACACGCUGUUCGAAACGACGCUGCUGGUAGCAUGCAGUCUGAGGCUGUACAAGACCUCGAGUGGUCCCGGCGGCCUCACGCGCAUUGCCAAGAUGCUCUUCGUCAACAACGUGCACUACAUGGCGGGCGUCGAGACAUGCAACCUGAUCGAACUCAUCAUGCUACUCGGCUGGGCAGCCAGCUUACCUGCGGUGCACAUGACAAGCAUUGCGAUCCAGAUCGUUGUAGGAUUGCAGAUGCUGAUUGGCGAACAGGAGGCUGUGCAUAGCCCUAGCUGCUCGCGCGUCGGCUACUCGGUCGCCAACUCGACCACCAGCAGCUACGCCAAGCCGACUACCACCACCACCAGCGAUGGGUCGUAUUCAGGACACGUGCGCGCACUGUCGUACAUCAAGAGACCCGGAACCGCCGGUUCGGCAAGAGAACCCGCGUACAGCCAACAUCGUGGUCGCGGUCGCAAGGGCACGCUCUCGUCCAUCUCGAGCGUGCCACACUACGCAAAGCCCAUUCCGGAAGAAAAUGUUCCCGGCAUGCCACAAAGGGCUGCCACCGCUCCAGAUAAUGGCGUCCAGGUGUCCAUCGAAAUGCCGCCACUCGCACACGCUAGCUCGGCACCCAACGGCCCCGCCUACCAACCUCAAUAG